CGGGGCCUCCACCAUCUCCAACUGCAACCCCACCCCAUACCGCCGCCGCCUCCGCUAGGGUUUUGGAGUGAGGAUCGCCGAUGUCGACGGCUCCCAGGCGCCCCUUCCGAGGCCGCGGCGCCCCGCCCCCUGGCACCGGCUACGUCCGCCGCGGCCCCGCCCCUGCCCCAGGCCCCGCCGACGGCGCCAAGACCCUGCGCAAGCCCGUCUUCACCACCGUCGACCAGCUGCGCCCCCAGACGCACGGCCACACCCUCACCGCCCGCGUCAUCUCCGCCCGCACCGUCCUCGACAAGCCCUCCACGCACAUCGGCCGCACCCGCGUCGCAGAGUGCCUCGUCGGAGACAGCACCGGCACCGUCCUCGUCACCGCCCGCAACGAACAGGUUGACCUUCUGAAGCCAGAUACAACAGUGAUCUUCCGCAACGCUAAGAUUGACAUGUUCAAGGGUACCAUGAGGCUGGUGGUGGACAAGUGGGGGCGGAUUGAGGUGACUCAGCCUGCUGAUUUCAAGGUGAACCAAGACAACAACAUGUCGCUGGUGGAGUACGAGCUGGUGGAUGUGGACGAAGAGGAGUGACCAGAAACGAAGUCGGGCUGUGGACAUAUAUUUUGGUUAUGGAGGCGGUAGCGUUAGGCUCCUAUCUAGCUAUUGUUAUCCUGGACCGCUGGCGAUUGGGACUUUGUUUUAAGUUUAUCUUGAAGAAGCAUGUCGAAUUAUGUACAGCAGCAGCAGGUCUCUGUCUGACUGAUGCUUUACGUUUCCGUGACGCUUUGACUCUUAAUGCUAGUACUACCUUUUUUUUUCUA